CGCAAUACAUCUUUGGAUACACCACGAACUCACCUCGGCACAUCUUUUUUGAAGUCGAAACGCCACCAAUACUUCUUCAACCACAAGCGCACUUGGAAAAUACUCUGAACUUCACAUUUGUUCUCUAACUGACGCUGAAGUAAACCUCAACAUGUCUAUCACAAGUCUGAAGUCCGAUUCCGAGACGAAUAACGUUUCCAUAGAAGAGGAGGUACGAACUCUUUUUGUUAGUGGCCUGCCGGUGGAUAUCAAACCUCGUGAACUGUACCUGCUGUUCAGACCAUUUAAGGGUUACGAGGGUUCACUGAUCAAGUUGACGUCAAAACAGCCAGUUGGGUUUGUCACCUUUGACAAUCGGACUGGAGCCGAAGCUGCCAAAAACGCACUAAACGGCAUCCGUUUUGACCCCGAGUGCCCCCAGACCCUGCGGUUAGAGUUUGCUAAAGCCAACACGAAGAUGGCAAAGAGUAAGCUGAUGGGCACACCGAACCCCACUAAUAUCCACCCUGCUCUAGGAGCUCACUUCAUUGCACGGGACCCAUAUGACCUGACGGGGGCGGCAUUGAUUCCAGCGUCCCCGGACACGUGGACCCCGUACCCCCUGUACACCACGGAGCUGACCCCCGGGCUCCCUCACGGCGCCUUCGCCUAUCCUGCAGCGGCUGCUGCUGCUGCAGCCCUCCACGCCCAGGUACGGGACCAACUGGUCUCUUCCCUUUUGUCCUUCCAUCUCUCCACUCACUGCAGUUCAGUAAGAAUGGAUGCCUAUAGGCCCGCCCUUGUGCUCUUGACAUUCCCCAAGAGACUCAUUAGCCCAGUGCCAAUUCAAUGCCUUGACGCCAUCCUUAAAGGUCGACUCUGCAAUACAACGCCAUCAAACACGUUGGCCUUAACGCCUGCAAGUGUGAAGUCACCCCAACAGAAUUGUUGGCUCUUUUGCGCACUUGAGGCGUGUUCAUUGGGAUGAGCUGUUAGUUGCAUUCUUGGCAGAUCU